GAGGAGGCGGGGGGGUGGGGGGGGGGAGGAAGGGGCUCGGGCAUCGGGCUGGUAAAUAAACUCAGCGAUGAUUUCCCUGCCUUGCGCCGGCCCAGGUGCUCGCCGCGUUCCUGCCUCCCCGCUGCCGCCGGCGAGGAUGACCUGACGGGGAUGUGACUGCAGCCCCCAUCCCACCUUCUCUUUUCGCCCCCUCCCUCCCUAUCUCUCUCUCUAUAUAUAUAUACAUACAUGUGUGUAUAUAUAUAAAUACAUAAAGAAAUCAUUUUUUGGGGGGAGGGGCGGGGAGCUCGGAUCAUGGCCCUGGGGCUCCCGGGGCUGCCGCCGCCGAUCUGCAGCUCGCCUCUGGGGCCCGGCGGUGACCAUGGGGCUGAAGGCACGGCGCGGCGCGGCGGGCGGUAGCGCUGCCGGCGGGGCGGCGGCGGCAGCGGGGCGGCGGGCGGCGGCGGCGGGCGGCGGUGGCGACCCCGAGCAGGGCUCACUGGCCCUGGGCACCGGCGCCGACCGCGACGGGACGCUGCUGCUGGAGGGCGGCGGGAAGGAGGAGGGCGGCAAGCGGACCCCGCCGGGGCUGGGGCUGCUGGCGAAGACCCCCUUGAGCCGCCCGGUGAAGCGGAACCACGCCAAGUAUCGCCGCAUCCAAACUUUGAUCUACGACGCCCUGGAACGGCCCCGCGGCUGGGCGCUGCUCUAUCACGCUUUCGUGUUUCUGAUUGUCUUGGGGUGUUUGAUCCUAGCUGUCCUGACAACUUUCAAGGAGUAUGAAACUGUUUCGGGAGACUGGCUCCUCUUGCUGGAAACUUUUGCCAUUUUCAUCUUUGGAGCAGAGUUUGCCUUAAGAAUCUGGGCUGCUGGGUGUUGUUGUCGCUACAAAGGAUGGAGGGGGAGACUGAAAUUUGCCAGGAAGCCUUUGUGUAUGCUGGAUAUCUUUGUUCUGAUUGCUUCAGUGCCAGUGGUUGCGGUUGGGAACCAGGGCAAUGUUCUGGCCACAUCUCUCAGAAGCCUCCGCUUCCUUCAGAUCCUACGGAUGCUCCGAAUGGAUAGGCGGGGCGGCACAUGGAAACUUUUAGGAUCGGCCAUUUGUGCACAUAGCAAAGAGCUUAUCACUGCUUGGUACAUCGGGUUCCUGACACUCAUCCUAUCCUCGUUUCUUGUUUAUCUGGUUGAAAAAGAUGUUCCUGAAAAGGAUGCUAAUGGGGUGGAGAUGAAGGAAGAGUUCGAAACUUACGCAGAUGCACUGUGGUGGGGGCUGAUCACCCUUGCUACAAUUGGGUAUGGCGACAAGACCCCCAAAACAUGGGAGGGACGGCUGAUUGCAGCUACUUUCUCUCUCAUUGGAGUGUCUUUCUUUGCUCUUCCUGCAGGCAUUUUGGGCUCAGGGCUGGCACUGAAGGUUCAGGAGCAACAUCGUCAAAAGCACUUUGAGAAAAGAAGAAAGCCAGCAGCUGAACUCAUUCAGGCUGCCUGGAGAUACUAUGCUACUAACCCCAACAGGAUUGAUCUAGUUGCUACCUGGAGGUUUUAUGAAUCAAUUGUAUCAUUUCCAUUUUUCAGGAAAGAGCAAUUGGAUGGUACUGCCAGCCAAAAGCUGGGUCUCUUGGAUCGGGUUCGUGGUACCAAUACUAAAGGAAAGCUAUUUACCCCUCUGAAUGUAGAUGCCAUUGAAGAAAGUCCUUCAAAAGAGCCUAAGAAUGUUGUCUUGAAUAAUAAGGAGCGUUUUCGCACUGCAUUCCGAAUGAAAGCGUACGCUUUUUGGCAAAGCUCAGAAGAUGCAGGAACAGGGGAACCCAUGGCAGAAGAGAGAGGCGACGGUAGUGACUUCCUUAUGGAAGAUAUGAUUCCCACAUUCAAGACAGCCAUCCGAGCUGUCAGAAUACUACAGUUUCGUCUGUAUAAAAAAAAAUUCAAGGAGACUUUGAGGCCUUAUGAUGUAAAGGAUGUGAUAGAGCAAUACUCAGCAGGGCAUCUUGAUAUGCUUUCCAGAAUAAAGUAUCUCCAGGCAAGAGUAGAUAUGAUUUUUACACCUGGACCUCCAUCUACUCCCAAGCAUAAGAAAUCUCAAAAGGGAGGAGCUUUUUCUUACCCUUCACAACAGUCUCCCAGAAAUGAUCCAUAUGUAGCCAAAGCAUCUACAGCAGAUACUGAAGACCAAAGUAUGAUGGGCAAAUUUGUUAAAGUUGAACGACAGGUUAAUGACAUGGGGAAGAAACUGGAUUUUCUUGUUGAUAUGCAUAUGCAUCAUAUGGAACAGCUGCAAAUACAGGUCGCUGAGAUAAGUCCAUUGAAAGAAACUGCUUCUCCUGCAAAGGAGAGGAGAGACGAAAAUAAAUAUUCUGAAUUAAAAACAAUAAUAUAUAAAUACACUGAGCAGUGUGCUCAUGAAACUCCUUACAACUUCCAACAGGUUCCAGUCAACAAAGUCAGUCCUUAUGGUUUCUCAGCACAUGGUCAUAUGACUCAUUCACAACCUUUAUCAAUAGGUGGGCAAAACUCUGGCAAACUGCAAGCCACACCUUCUUCAACUUCAUAUGCAGAAAGGCCAACAGUUCUGCCUAUAUUUACAUUAAUGGACUCCCAGGUUAGCUACCACUCUCAAGGAGACCUACAAAGUCCUUACUCAGAUAAGGUGUCUCCAAGACAGAGAAGGAGCUUAACAAGAGACAGUGAUACUCCGUUGUCCCUUCUCUCCGUCAACCAUGAGGAACUUGAGCGCUCCCCAAGUGGCUUCAGUAUCUCCCAAGACAGAGACGACUUCCCAUUUGGCCCCAACGGGGGAUCGGCAUGGAUGAGAGAGAAACGCUACCUAGCAGAGGGGGAAACAGACACAGACACCGACCCUUUCACACCAAGUGGCUCCAUGCCUUUGUCUUCUACAGGAGAUGGGAUUUCAGAUUCAAUAUGGACCCCUUCAAAUAAGCCAGUUUAAAAGUGCGUGUGGGGGCAGUCACUGGUUGACUUCUCCAUGUAAUGUAAGCAUACUUUGUAUAUCUCACUUACUCUACACCCAAAGCUUACUAGUUCAAAACACCAAUGGCUGCAUAAGAUGCAUGUGAUAUUAGUGGUAGUCAUUCUGCACCAUUUCAUACAAUUUACUAAUGCAGUUUUUUUCAUGCUACCAAAACUAAGGAGCUUAGUUUUGAGCAUGGUUUGCAUGACUUUACCCUAUAUAAAUGGUACAGCUGAUUUCUUCUAUGAUACAUAUCUAUCUGAUACUCUUCAAUACAACAAUGGUGAUUUGAUAACAGGCAAAAUAUGGUGGUCCUUGCUACAGUUUGCAAACAGAGCAGCAAAGUGAAAAUAUUUUCAGGAGCAGUAUCCCUUUGUGGAAACGUAACAUCUGAAUUCAUUUUCUGAUAUAAGUAAAUCAAUCUCUAACCAACUUAUCCGAGAACAUCUAAUAUUCAAAGCAGGGAUAAAGCUGAGUCAAUGUUAAUGACCUUACUGAAAUGGUUUUGUGAACUAAAUGUUUCUUAUGUGACCAUUUAUAGGCCCAUAAAUACAACUACAACCCAUUUAUACAACUACCCGUGAAAUACAACGUCAAAGUGAGAUUAAGGGUAGAAUUUAAAAUUAUCAAAGCCACCUCCUGGGAUUGAUCAUGGGUUUUUAUUUAUUGUAAAAUGUAAAUAUAAGUAUCUCUCUAACUACUUCAAAAAUCUUCAUUAGUGUUUAUAAAAUCCAUGAAUGUGUGCCAUCUUUGGGAUCAAUGUAGAAAUAAACAAAUACCAUUUUGUCACCUGUCCCUGACCAACACAGAGAUAAGUAUGCUCCCUAGGGCCUCAGCCAAAUAUUUUUUCAUGGGAGCUUGAAAUUGUGAUGAGAGAGAGCAGGAAAACAAUCUAAACCCACUGGUAACAGGGCAGAAAUGAAUCAAAGAUCUCACCACUACAGUGGGAAUGUAGUAUCUAUACAGCUAGUAAAACUAGCUUGUCCAAAUAUCCUGCGCAGGACUCAUCUUGUGUCAAUCCAGAUGUGCAUGAAAUAGUGUCCAUUUGAUGUUAAGUUUGAUGGCUACGCAGUCUUUACAGCUGAUGGAAAGCUAAUCAGUACAGUGGUGAGUCCAGGGUACAAGAACCAAGGCACACAUCAGCUUUAGGAUGAGAUUAAUCUCACCUUUAACUCAAUUAUCUACAAUGACCAAAUUUCACCAAAUUUCAAAGGGAGCAGAGGGUGGCUUACUUAGAUGUUGGAUGAUCAAAGACACCCACAGUCAGUCCUGUUGAAGAUGACCCAUGUCACUCCACACAAUGGCUACAACAUCAUGGCUAGAACACUGACCAACAAAGACACAAGGAUUUGGCCCAUGUAAGAUGUUGGAAAGUGGACUUGAGGUAGUGACUGCUUGUAUUACACUGCAGCUGCAUAACUGAACAUCCUUGGCACAUCCAAUCAGAGCACAAGAGAGAGAUACAGUUCACUGGACUUCCCAAUAUUUAUUAGGUAUUGCACAGGCUCAGAUAGAAUGCACUUCAAUGGAAGAUACCUUGUUGGAUUUUGCCCACUUUAGUAAAUGUCAUCUUUGAGUCCUCACUAUCAUUCACAUCUCAUAACAGUCAUUCCAUCCAGGGAACUUGAUUGUCUUCCAGAUGUAGGCAUUGCCUUCAUCUUCAUUGUUUAUUCUCUAUUUGAAGAGACAUCUAUAAGUUUAGGAUCUUACUUCAUCUGCUUCUUCAGCUAAAUCAUGAUACAUCCUUUUGGGACAGAUCUUCAGGGAGAACAAAUUUGCUGUGCAAAUAACUGAGUAAAUAAUGCAGACCAGUUACAGCCCUUGAAGUCCAGGCUGAGUCCAUGGAGCUGUUCUGAGUCAGCAACUAUAAUGACAUGAGGCACAAUUUUGGUAAUUACUUAAUUGACAAAAUAGCCAUUGACCUGAAAAACAGUCUGUGCUUGGCGCAGUUUCAUGGCUAAAAUUGCAGAGAGUAGAGAAUAGAACCAGCUGACAAAAAUGUAAUUCAUAAUAAUUUGGCAUAUUGAGAAGAAUUCCUUGACCAUCAGUGAUUCUUGGAAAUACCUGCAUUGAACCUGCUGCAGGCUCGCUAAUACAGUAAUAUAUGUCUAUGGCCACUCGUAAGAUUUAACCCUCACUUGACAAAUGAAUCACAAAAACCCCAAAACUGAUUUUAACAUUGCUAGACUUCUGAAAUUGAUAUAAGUAUGUGCUAGACGAGCCUGCUUCACUUUUCUCAUAUGUCAAAUGCCUGGCAUUCCUCCUAAUUUCAUUUGAGUUUGGCCCUUCUUAAAAUGCUUUGUAGAUCUGAGCAAUCAAAAGUCAAGGCAGCCAAAGCCCAAGUGUAAUCUGAGAAAUCUGUGAAUAUCUUUGACAACAGCUAUGCUGUGCAGUUCCUUGCCCAAUUCCCCCUCAGAUUCUCCAGUUCAGAUUUCUAAUCUCUCCAAUGUCAGGUCAUAUAAAGGGAAUCUUUUCUCAGCAUUCAACAUGGCUGAAAAUCCAUAAAUCACCUCAUUAUAAAGGUAUGUUCCUUCCAAGAGAAAAUCCAAGCAAAGGCAGAGACUUGAAUGAGUUCCCACCUGCAGACAGUGUGCAGCCCCAGAGGAAAUGGGAUUUGGGCUGCCCUGAACUAUGGACACUUAGCAGCUGAACUGCCUUCAAGUUAUAAUUUUCUAUGGGCUGUAAGCACCAAUUUACUAUGUGCAGCUUAAAAGCGCCAGGUCAGGUAUUUGUAGCCACAUCAUGAAAUAUUUGAUCAUGUGCUAAAUGGCAAGAUAAGGCCUGCCUAUUCUUAAAAGGCACUGGUGGUAAGCACAGCAAGACCCUUUGCAGUGGACAUCUCUGGAUCCUCUGGAAGACACCCAAGAAGACAGUCAAGGAAGUUCUGUUUAGCUUAUUUUAAUAUUAGUUUUUUCCUACACUCUUCUUUGCACUGAAACCAGUCACUGCUCUGUUCAGUAGGGUGAUGUACUGAAUAGCUCUGUCUCCUACAUCAUCUGGAUUAAAAUUAGGGUGUGCAUCAGUCUGUCCCCUAUGCUGACAACAGAUACGUGUCAAGAUGUCACCAGCAAGGUGACAUCUAAACUUGAUCUGGGAUGCGCAUGCAAACUUUAUCAGACUGCAGUUCAUGUUGAGUCCAGGCAGUACAUCAACCUUGGAACUGCAGUUAUGUGUCUGCCAUAGAUACUGGACAAAAUAAAUUAUCCCUGAUUAUUGACCCUGACAAUAUUUAAAAUGUCAGGACCUGUUUUGUAGGAUAGGUUUAGCACAAAAAGGAAUCGUUAUUGACAAUUUCAUUUGAGAGAGGCAGCUGGGCCAAUAGUACUCUUCAUACUGGGAAUGGAUUAGAGUUAUCCAUUCUUCCAUUUGAGUGUGAUAUUUGAGUUUAACAGCUAUCAUUUUCAGUUGGGUUGGAUCUUCCUAAUGUCUAGACUGACACUGACACUUUGUUUACAUGUAGUUAAUGUUAAAGGAAAUUAACCAUUGGAAUCCACUCUUUGCUGGCACUUAAGUCCUACAAGUGACCAAGGAUUCAUUUCAGGCCUCAAGAUGUUUUCCAUAAUCAGAAAGCGUGAGUGUUUGCUCUUCCUGAGGUCAGUAAGAAACCUUCUCGAACCGCUGCACUGGGAGCAGGCCUGGGUCUUAAUCUGCCUUUGCUUACGAAUUUUCUUGUGAAAGACAGCACUUAUCUGGAGAUGCUUUUCUUAGCUACAUUUUUAUGCUGAUUUUUCAGCCACUAACAAAUGACACGCGUCUGGAAGUUUUUGAGAAGGUGAGUCUGUGUUUACAUUGUGUGCUUCUCUUUUCAGUGUUCUUAUCAGUCAAGUUCCCUACCUUUAGAUUCAAACUGAGGAUAUUUCAUUAAGGCAGAAGUGAAUGUUCAGUUAAAGAAUGCACAUAUAGAAAAUGUGGUUUGUGCUCCAUUUAAGGAGUUGGUCCUUCAAAAGAACUUAAUGAGGUAAUGGCUGUUGUCCUUGCCUUGGCUUUUCCCUGCACUGAGUUAAUCAGUCUGGCUCCUAUCAAAAUAAAAGGACAUGGAGAGAUUGAUUGAACAGUUCCUAAGCUGACUCUGGCUAUUCUGGCUCUGUUUUUAUCUGUAACUUUGCUGCAUUGUUACGGUUCAGAGUGGAAAUAGAUUUCAAUUUUUCUGCUUCAAAUUGUGGCCCAGCCGAGCUGCAAACUAAUUCCCACCUGAACCCAUGUGUAGCAGGGCUGCUGCCUUGUGGUCUUCAGGCGAGCACCGUGGUCCAACCAGUUUGCAAGAUCACAGCCUAAAGCAAUCAGAAAAAGCACAUUAAGGAGUAAAUUCAGCCCUGCUGGGAGCCCAGUUGUUUCAGGGGUGUCAUGUAAGAACUGAAUCUGUCCUGCUUCACGCAGAGCAUGUGAGGAAUUUCAUCUUGGUUCCUUGCACCCCACAGCCCCCACUACUAAGCUUUAGGUGCAUAAGAGCUGCAAACCUAAAUUUUCUAUAACACCUCACGAAUUUUAUGGGAUGUCACUUUUUCAGGAGCCCCACUGAAUGUGGGUGUUCACUUUUGAGGACCACUUUCAGAGGUGCAGGGGAAAAAGGGGUCAUUUUCAAGUGUUUUUAGCUGGGCACUGUAAGAAUGAAGAUCCUGAGUAUCAUUAUUGCUUAUGAUUAUUUAGGCUGUAAGAUCUGAUCCUUCCCAAUACAGCUUUUAGUAGCUUCCCUCUGAAGUUAAGUGAAGCAAAAUACUGGAAGUGGGAUCCUAUUUCCAUCCUCAAGAAUACGCUGAGACUGAAGGUUACAUAGCCAACUGCAUUUUGUUUUCUAGUUAUGGCAUCUUAUUAUUACUAGUAUUUGUGCCUUGCUCACUGAAAUUUUCUCCAUGCUACAAAGAUGCUUUUCAGAUUCUGGCUGACAAGGGAACACAACUUUUAUACAAGUGGCCUUUAGUGCUCUUUAUAAUAUUAUUUAUUGUAAUUUUUAAACUGUAUGUGUAAUUUAUAUUCUGACACUGUCCAAUAUUUGAACAACUUUAAUAUGUUUAUUUCAAUAUAUUAUGCAAACAAUACUUCUUAACUGAUUUUUUAUGUUCUGUCUUUAAAAACUGCACCACUUAUUAAUAAAUAGAAAUUUCAAUUAAGA